AGCCAUGGCCAGCUACAGCUACCGCCGGAGCCAGCCGGUGCGGAUCCUGCAGGAGCCCGGGCAGUGGGCCUUCGGCCGGGAGCCCGAGGCGGGCGCGCGGCGGCCCGGCGGCCCCCCGAGCCUGUACAGCCAGCUGAUGGGCGACAUGCAGAGCCACCUGGACGAGAUGGACCGCCUGCGCGUGGUCCUGCUGGACGCCUACCCGCUGCUCGCCCUGGGGGAGGAGGCCGGCCCGGCCGGGAAGGGGCCGCUGCAGCCCCGCCAGCCCCGCGCGCGGAGCAGGCACCAGCUGGCCCUGGAUGUGGGCGGCUUCGCCCCGGAGGAGCUCUCGGUCAAGCUGGAGGGCAGGAAGCUGACGGUCCUCGGGAAGCACGAGAAGGAGGAGGCGGCCGAGGACGGCUGCGUGUCCCGCGAGUACCGCGAGGUGCGCAGGGAGCUGCUCCUGCCCGCCGACGCCAACCUGGAGGCCGUGACCUGCGCCCUCGCCCCCGACGGGCAGCUCCGCAUCGAGGCCCCGCGCCUGGAGCGCACCAUCCGCGUCACCGUGGAGAGGAGCCCGGCGGAGGCCAGCGAGGCGGCCGGACGGCAGACGUCCCCUGGGGCCGGCGAGGAACGGGACGGGGCGGGCGAGAAGUGAGGCGGCGCUACCCGGCCUUGCGCGCCCGGACACC